CAAGCAGAGUGCUCUCUCUCUCUCUCUCUCUCUUUCUCUAGCCUCCAUUUGAAGAACAAAAAGUAAAGAAAAAGAUUGACAGUAGUUGAUGAAUUGCCAAAAUCAAGCGACAAAGACACCAAAAUGGACAAAGUAUGUGAUAUUUGUGGUUCAAUUGGUGCUGCGGAGUUGAUUUCAACUUGCUUUAAAUGCAAUAUAUCUCGUGAACAUAUGUACGAUAAACAUCUCUCAAUUUCUCUCUCUGUCUCUCUCCUCCGUAUAUACUGCAUGGAACUCUUACACAAGAGAGUUCCAGAAGUAUGGUUUUGUACUGAUUGUCUUGACGAAAUGUUUGCACGGGAGUCUGAUGCAGUGGACACUCUUCCUACGGAAGGUACAAUCAAUUCAGUUAGACGAAAAGCAUCUCAAAUGCCAGAGACUUUCAAGAGAAAAAGGACUCUCCUAGCUCAUAAGAAGAAGAAUAUUGUAAAAAAAAAGCCAAUGGACUCCCUAAUGCCUGCUAAAGAAGUUGGAACUCCACGUAUGGAAAUACAGGAGGGGCUAAAGUGUGAACCUUUACCAUCAGAGGAUGCUAUAUCACUUCAUAAUUCAGGAGGUAAAUUUGUCGCUGAUGUUAACUCUAUACACUAUGAUGUUGAAAGAGCUGAUCUGGUGAAUAUGCUUCCUAAACUCAAAAAAUGUCUGGUAAAUAACGUUGCUACGGGUGCUACUUGGCGUGGAAGCUUUGAGAUCUCUGAUUCCGUUUCUAGUAGUGAAUUCUACGAUGGAUUUCAGUCUUAUCUUCCAGUAAGAGUUCAUCGCAAAGCUUAUGAGUUCUCAAAAAAAUUGCCUGGAUGGUUGCUGUCCACACUACUGCCCCGUUGCAAUAUAUGGGAAAGUAUCUUUAAGAAUGAUCACCCUUGCGAGAAUGAUAUUGGUCUGUAUUUUUUCCCUAGCAAUUUUGAGAGAUCCAAACAGCAGUAUGAUCGUCUCUUGCAGCGAAUGGACAAGGAAGAUUUGGUACUGCGGAGUUGCGUAAAGGUUGUGAAGGAGCAGAGUUCUGUAAAUGGUGUGGAGUUAUUGAUAUUCACUUCUAAAUGGCUGUAUGUUUCUUCAGUAUUGAAAUCAGAACCAUUCCUAUGGGGAAUCUUCCGCCCAGUUAGGGGCAAUCAAACGGUGUCACUUCCUUCUUGUGAUUGCAAUAUUGGCACCAAGGUUGAGGAGCAAUUACUGAAGGUAAAAGAGGAAAGGUUCACUUACAUUGAUGAGGCAUCUGAGGAGAUGGGCUUGGGAACUCAGCUACAGGUUCACGGGAAUUUUCUCUGAACAGUCAUCAGGGUCUAAUCAACAGCGGGCUGAUGGAGGAAACAGAGAGCCGUACAAUUCCAAAGCAUGGUAACUUUAACAGAAAUGUGAACAGAAGAAGCAUUAUGAUAAUAUAGUCGAGAUGAUUUUGAGCUAGCUCAGCUUCUAUAUGCAGCCUCGGCACUCUUAGAGAGGCAUGGGCUCUUUCUUUUGCUCCGUCCCGGGCUUUAUCCAAGGGAUUUACCAAGUAAAUAUUUUAUAGUAACUUCCAAGAGAGGAAUAUAUAUACAUAUACAAGUGACCUCCUAUUUUGUAGUUGUUAUGAUAUGUGUUUAGUAGCAGUUGAUGUCUUGUAUAUACAUGCUGUGUUGGAGAGUACAAGGGAUACAUACCUCGUAGUGCAAAACUCUGUUUGCAUUUUGAAUAGUUCUUUGUAGUGAAAUAUAUACAAGUUAGCUCCUAUUUUGUAGUUUGCUUGAUAUGAUGUGUUGUUGCCUAAUACUACACUAAUCUUGUGCAUGAAAUAGGUGUGUAAAGAGUACAUAAUGGUACAUGAUAUUGUAAAGCUCUGUACAAUUGAUGGAUGUAGGACAUUGAACUUU